AUGCAAGUGGUCAUUUACAAUAAGAGAGCGUCAGCGUGUCGUACGACCGAGGUAAUCGUGCUCGGCGCUGGUGUUGCUGGUAUCACAGCAGCCCAGGCUCUGUCCAAUGCCUCCAUCUCGGACUUCAUCAUCGUGGAUCGGAACGACUACAUCGGCGGACGAAUGUACCACACGACCUUUGGUGACAAGGGAGACGGCACACCCUAUGUCGUCGAGCUCGGGGCCAACUGGAUCCAGGGCCUGGGCGCUGAGGACCCCGGCGCCCCCGAGAAUCCGGUCUGGACCUUCUCCAAGAAGUGGAACGUGACCAAUACUUACUCGGACUACGACUCGAUCCUGACGUACGACGAAACGGGCGCAAACGAUUAUACGCAUGUCCUGGACGAGUACGACGACGCUUCAGAUGUCGCCGUAGCGGACGCCGGUUACCUGUUGACGGAGAACCUGCAGGACCCCUCUGCUCGCACUGGCUUCAGCCUGGUGGGAUGGAAGCCGAAGCAGGAUAUGAAGAAGGUGGCCGUGGAGUGGUGGAACUGGGACUGGGACGCCGGCUACUCGCUCGACCAGAGCAGCUUUGUGUUUGGCGUCACAGGCGACAACCUGACUUUUAACCAAUUCGGCGACAACGACAACUUUGUGUACGACCAGCAGGGGUUCAACAAGUGGCUCGUGGGCGAGGCCUCGACCUUCUUGAACCUCCAGGCCAACGACUCCCGCCUGCUCCUGCACACGAAUGUGUCCAGCAUCGAGUACUCCGACGAGGGCGUGACGGCCUACUUCUCCAGCGGCGAGUGUGUCUCGGCCUCGUAUGCAGUCUGCACAUUCUCCCUUGGCGUCUUGCAGAACGAUGUCGUCGAGUUUGAGCCGCAGCUGCCACGGUGGAAGCAAGAGGCCAUCGAGCAGUUCCAGAUGGGCACGUACACCAAGGUCUUUUACCAGUUCAACGAGACGUUCUGGCCCGAGGACACGCAGUAUUUCCUGUACGCCGACCCGACACGAAGAGGGUACUACCCCAUGUGGCAGUCUCUGUCGACACCUGGCUUCCUGCCCGGGAGCAAUAUCAUCUUCGGGACCGUUGUCGACGAGGAGUCCCACAGGAUCGAGAAGCAGAGCGACGAGCAGACCAAGGCGGAAGGGCUCGAGGUCCUGCGCGCCAUGUUCCCCGACGCUGACAUUCCGGAGCCCAUCGCCUUCAUGUAUCCGCGCUGGACGACCGAGUCGUGGACGCACGGGAGCUACAGCAACUGGCCCAUCGGCAUGACGCUCGAGAAGCACCAGAACCUGAGGGCGAAUGUCGGGGCCUUGUGGUUUGCUGGCGAGCACACGUCAGCUGAGUACUACGGGUUUCUGCACGGGUCUUGGUUCGAGGGCCGAGAAGCUGGUGAGCGCAUCGCGGCGCUGGUCAAGGGCAACGGCACGUCGAUGGCGUCGUAUGAAGUCUUGCAUGGAACGACGCCGCUGUCUGAAUACGAUGCUGUGAAUGGGUGGCCUGUGAGUAGUUUUGUGGAUUAUGAUGAGUAG